CCAACAAUGUCGGAUCGCAAGCACUCGCUGGACGGCGCGCAAGACGACGAGCCGAUGGCCAAGAUCGCGCGAUUGGAGAACGCCGAGCCGAGCGGGCAGGGCACUGGACUAUCGCAGCAGGAGCAGCAGCAGCAGGAGCAGCAGGAGCAGCAGAGUGGAAAUGGCGCCAAAGGGUCGAUCGCUGCUCCUACCUCUACCGCUCCAUCUACUGCUGCUGCUGCUUCAGUUGCCAGCGAUGGGAUUGCUCCAGGAAUGGCGCCGCCAUUGCCGCAGGUGCACGUGGCGCCUGGCGAGCCGGGAGCGCCUGCGACGGACGCCGAGCGGGCCUUGCUCCAGCAGCACUUGCGCCAGCUGCUCAAGGACGUCGAAGGCCGCGACGAGUACAUGUUCUUUGCAGAGCCAGUGAGCGCCGAGGAUGCGCCGGACUAUGCCGACGUGAUUGGCGAGCCGAUGGACUUUCGAACCAUGCGCGGCAACAUUGAAGCCGGAGCGUAUCCCAGUCUCGCAGCCUUCGAGCGCCACCUCAAGCUCGUCUUUACCAAUUGCAUGCACUACAAUGGCCCAGAGAACCACUACCAUCGUCAAGCCAAGAAGCUGCUCCAGAUGUCCGUGGACCGUCUGGUGCCCAAAACCCUGACGGCGUUCGAGCGCGAUCGCCAAAAGCUGCGCGCCCCGCCAACCCCAGUUGCUGCCAGCAGCCGAGGUGCCAGCGACAACGAGGCAGGCGCUGCAUCAACACCCAAGCAGAAACUGUCUCGCGACGAGAAAAUGUCGCAGCAGCAGCUCUUGCAACAGCAGCAACAACAACAGCUGCAACUGCAGCAACACCAGCUCCAACAGCACCAACAAUUGCAAGGACGAACGCCACAACCGCAAUCUCAUCAGCCGCACCACCAACACCAACAGCUCCUGCUCCAGCAGCAACAAGAGUUUCUUCAACAUCAGCAGUCUCGCACAAGUUCACAGCACAGCCCUCAGCAACAACAGCACCAGCAGCCACACCACCGGCGCCAGUCUGUUACUGCGUUGACUCCUGCCGAGAUUGCUGCUUUGGCACCAGAAGUGUUGGCUCGACAUGCGCUUCCUCGCCGUGCACGUGCAACACCGGCCGCACCUCUUGACGAUGCGACUGCCAGCUCCCUCGUAGCAAGUGCGAAUGCGACGUUAGCUUCCGGUUUAGCUCCGAUGACAGCAAGCACUCCUCUCGGACUUAGCGUGCCGCAUGCAAUGCCUGCUUCGGUGCCCACAUUAGAAAGCUAUGCCUCCAAUGUCCCAGUUCCGAUUGUUCCGUUGAACGAGCCACAAAGCCACAUUGUGUCGCCGGUCGUGUUCACCUCCUAUGGCGCGAGAGCAACUUUUGCACCGACUUACAACUCUGCUCAUGCAAGUCUCAGCAAGGACGAAUCUGCGCUCUUGUUUAACGACGUGGACGAAGCAAAGCGCAUUGCGUCGAUGCGCACCUCGCAGCAAGAGAUUGAUGCCUUGAACCAUCAAGCUCAGCAGCAGCUUGGAUCUGUUGCAGGCAUUUCAGCCAAAGACAAAGUGGCAGUCAUUCUGUCGGCCAACUCGGCUUUGCUGCGAUCUCUGCAACUGCAGCAAAUUGAACGAUUAUCCACUCAACUUUUGUCAUCUCCUGGAUCGAAUGAGGCUGCAGUUGCGGCCUCUGUUUUUAGCAACCUACGACAUCUGCUCCCGUCAUUCCCGAAUGCACUCGAAAUACCGCCUUCGGCUGCGAUUCGUGCAGCCUUGAAUGUCCAGCAACCAGUUAAAGUCGCCUCCAACUCAACAAGUACCGGCCGUUCCACUACCGUUUCGGUGCCGCUACCUUUCACCACCGGCGCGUCCUCGACCGUCGAUACCAAGCUUGAUAUUGACAAUACGGACGAAGCUGCUGAUUACAUUUGCGCAAACUGCGGUGUGUUUGACACUCCCGAGUGGCUGCAUGGCGCUUUGCCAAACCAACCGCUUUGCUUCGCUUGCGGAACCUACUGGCGACAGAAUCGACGCAAUCGUCCAUGCGGACGGUUUGCAAAUCCCGCAAUCGCACAAGUCGGUACAACAUGGAACUGAGCAGAGCUCUGCCAAGGCUGACUGGUGAAUUUGCAUUGUUUUGUAUUUCUAAAAUGUUGUUCCAUUAAAGAUCUUCGGG